AUGGGUCAUAGCUGUCUUAUGGCGAGCAGCCUGAUGACUUGGGCCGGCAUAGAAGGAGCCCUUGCCAGUUUCCAGUCCCGGCCCUCACCGGAGGAAGCGCGUGCCGCAUACGAAACACCGUUCCCGCCGCCUGCUGCCCUCGAGGUCGCUAUUUUGAUCUUCCCCACGGCAUCCAUCGUCGCACUAGCCUCUGUAGACGCGGCUCUGGGCUGUGAGAGCACCCGUGCCGAGGCACGCUGUGCAGGAAUUCUAAUUAUCCGCACCAAGCUGGUAACCAAGCGACCCGGCGAUGCCCUCAUACGAUGGUGGCACGCAGGAGCUCAGCGCUAG